AUGGCUCCAAAAAAAGGUGGUGGUGGUGAUGGUGUUGGCACGACGUAUCGUACCAGAAGCCUCGACAACCAAUCACAACCAACCAACUCAAGGGAAAACACCCGCCACGUUGGCAAAAGUCCAUUCGCUGGUCGAACAAGCCAAUCAAAAUUCAACGUUGCCCCUCUGAUUCUAGAGGGUGUUAAAGUCAAUAAGCUGCAACUUAAUGAUUUAUUAAAGCGGCACUUAAAUGAUGUCAAAGUUAAUGAUAUCCAACUGAGUCGAUCUGGUGCAUUUACAUUAAAUGCAAGUAACGUCAGUUUAUUCAAUCGUUUAUUAAAUGACUUUACAACAAUUAUAUCAGCAAAUGGUCAUCCUGGUGCAAAACUUUAUGUUCCUCGAUCAAUCCAAAGAAUCAAGGAUACGGAAAAGGUUGAUUUCGUCAAAAGAGUCGACCUUGAAUUACCAGAAGAUCGAAUUGUUGAUGCAUUAAAGGCUGUCGAUCUCGAUGUUAUCAAUGUCAUUCGAUUAGCUGGUAAAAAAGGGAAGACUCCAACCAGAACCAUCAAAAUUACAUUCAGUGAUGUACAGAAUCGUAAUACAUUCGUACACAUUGGAUUACAAGUCGACAGAUGA